AUGCAGGUCAUCAAAAGCUGGAUGAACGCGUGGGCGGAGAAGAGCGGGACACUCACGGAGCUGCAAAAUGGCUUUCGGCAGAACCGGCGGGUUGAGGACAACCUAUUUGUGCUCAUGCAGUGCAUUGAGAUUGCGCGCAAGGAAUCGCGAGGUUUACUCGCCUGUUUCCUGGACGUAGCCAAAGCCUACGACAGCGUGCCGCAUAACCUCCUCCUAUCUCGCAUGGAUGACCUCGGCAUGCCGCCCGUGUGGAUCGACCUACUUCGCCGACUCUACACUGGCAACACCAUUGAAACCCACUUUGGGGAGACGCGCGCGCGACCAGUGGAGGUAAAGAGAGGCCUGAAGCAAAGCUGUCCCCUCUCCCCAUUGCUCACCCCAACAUCUUGGACGAUUCCUGGCCUUGUUUUUGCGGACGACCUUGUGCUACUGGCCGAAAAUGAAGCCCAACUGCAGCAGCUGGUUGAAACAUCAGCCAAACACCUUGGCUCCUUGGGCCUAGCCUUCAAUUCGAGGAAGUCGGCGGUAGUACAGUUCUCUGGGGACCGGGAAAAUCCGGCUAUGGUGCUCCCAGAUGGCGAGAGGCUCCCGGCAGCGGAAGAGUACCGCUAUCUUGGUGUAGUGCUUAGUGCCUCAGAUGGUGUCAACGCGGAACACGAGGCGCACCUGAGACAAUCGGCACAGCGGGCCAGUCGCAUACUGCGCCGACAAUGCCUGUGGGGCUGUAGCCGAUAUCUCAUGGUGCGCGAGCUGUGGAAGUCAGUGCAUGUGCCUGGACUGACCUUCGCGAACUCAACCAUAUGCCUGACGACACCAACCCGUGAUUGGCUAGAACGUGGGCAGCGAGAGGUAGGCCGCCUGGCGCUGGGCUGCCAUGGCCGAGUUGCCGUAGAGGCCAUCCAGGGCGAUGUCGGCUGGUCCUCCUUCGAGGCUCGAGAGGCCAAGAGCAAAAUUGCGUUUGAGUGCCGUCUGCGCAACAUGGAUGACGGCAGGUGGGCGCGCAGGGUGUUUCGGUACGUCUACCUUAAAGGCAUCCAGACACAAUGGAGGGCGCGUGUCCAGUUCCUGAGGCGAAAAUAUGGCCUCUUGAACUAUUCGGAAACCGGAGGAGCCAGGUGUGAGACGGCUAAAGGAGUUCAGGACCAUGUGCGUGAGACAGAGCGAGAGCUGUGGAAAUCGGCUAUGGCCUCGAAGACGACGCUCCGCCUGUACUGCGACAACAAGGGGACCAUCACACCGGAGCCGAUCUACGACAACAGUGGUGGCAGCGCCCUCCUAUUCGAGGCGCGUGCGGGCGCACUCCGAACUCUUGACUACCGCAGCCGGUUUGACUGCGCCCCCGAGGUGCAGGCCGCUGUGUGCAGGGUAUGCGGUAGCGAGCGGGAGACGGCGGAGCAUCUGGUCCUUAACUGUGCGAAGUUGUCUCCCACCCCAAAAGACGGCACCACCAUGCCGCAGGCCCUCUGA